ACAAACUCACAUCUGUCACAUGUUUCAAAUGUUGUGUAAAUAAAAGCAGAUCAGAGGUUUCCGAAUCUACAGCAGACAGUAGUAUAGUGAAAUUAAUGAAACCACUGCAAAAUGGCGAAAAGAAAUGUUGCAUUCAUAAAACCCGACGAACCAGACUUUCUCAAGCGAAUGAAAGCUCAAAUCGGUUACAAAGAAGGACCAACAGUUGACACAAAGCGACAACGGAUACAAAAUUUUGAAGAUUCUGACGAUGACGAACGCGAGGAACGUGACGAUGAGAGACCCCAAGUGGUAGUGAUCAAAGAAGGAGAUCUGACUGCCGACCAAGCUACCGAAGCUAAAAAAGAAGAGGACGAAAAACCGGCGGAUCUCAACCAGAAGAUUGUGUUCAAAUCACGGAAGCCAAAAACAGGUGCAAGUGUCACCGAUACCGAUAUUUUGGAUAAAAAAGCGAAAAAGAAAAAAGAGAAGGAAAGUAAAAGUAAACUUUCAUUUGACGAUGAUGAUGUAGAAGAAUAUGAGUAGCACUUGUAAGGAUUGUACAGGGUCUUUCAGAUAAAACGCUCACGCAAAAAAAUAAUCGAAUAGUUCCUUAUAAAAAGCUUUUUUUCGCUCCGUCGAUGGUAACACUGCAUUCCUCACUUCGGGCCGAUAAUAUUCGGCUAUUCGUUCAGUCUGACCGGAUGGUUUUUAGUGUCAAGAUGUACAAUUUACAAGAACGUGUAUUUUUAGUGAAAUCGUAUUACUCGAGCAACCGAAGCCUUAAUGAAGAUUUGUUCUCUUAUGGUAUGAAUUUCAACAUUUCCCGUCGAUUACUUCCUCUGGGGGUACAUGAAGAACCGUUGCUAUGUUAAUAAUCCACAAAAUUUGGAGGAACUUAAAGAAGAAAUAACUCGGAUUUCCAACAUCAUCGAAAUCGUAAUGUUAGAGUUGAGCAUGAAGAAUUUUGUUCACCGUUUAAAACGCGUGAUCGAAAAAAGGGGUGGUCACAUCGAAAAUGUCCUAAAAUAAGCAUUAUUUUCGUUUUUUAAGUAAAAAUCGGUUCACUUUUGUAAAAGUUAUUAAAAUUUGGUGCGUGAACAUUUAAUCUGAAAGACCCUUUAGUAUUCAUUAUUUUAUUUUUGUAAGGGUAAUUUUAAUAAAUUAAUCUCUAUAUAUA